UUUCCCACUUAGCAAAUUUUGACAAGAUUUGGACGUUUGUGUCUAAAGGAAAAAGGGCGAAUUUCCAUGGCGUUGUGGGGUGCUUCAGCUAGCUUUCACGAGCUCUGAGCUUGGUGUUGUAGCUGAUUGAAUCAACCAUUUUUCUUCUGAUUUUACCGACCUAGUCCAGUUCCAGGUCGUUGAUUGUUCCUCUCUCCAGCUCCAGAUUUUCUGAUUUUUUUUUUGUUUUAUCAUUUUUUUGGGGGUAUGAUUUGUAUCGGUUUCUGGGUUUCGUAGGCUGAUUUUUGCUGGAUCGAGAGUCGACGAAAGCUUGGGUUUUGUUCAAUCUGGGUUUUUUUAUAUAUUAGAAUUGCAGAUUUCUCAGGCGGGGACUUGAGAGAAUUAGGGUUUUCUGAUUGGGGGUUUCUUGAUGCUGUUAUCCCCUAAUUGUUUUUUGGAGAUCUAGGGCUCAGUAAUGGAAUAAUGGUUGGUCUCUUGCCAUCUCUAUUUGUAAUUAGCGCCUUGUUCGUCCAGAGACUCGGUUUCUUCUUCUUCUUCUUCUUCUCUUCGUUAACCCAUCGUUAUCAUUUGAAUCUGAAGCAAAUCUGAGAUUACACCAACUCUCUCGCCUGUAAAUUGCUUCCGCGGAUAAUAAAGAUCCUGCGAAGUACAAUUGUUUAUUGAUGGGUGAGGAGUUAGCUGACACAAUGAACCUGGAUUUGAAUCUUGGGCCUGGUCCUGAGUCAGAUCUCCUACCGGCACCAAACGAGACUGUGAAUUUGGCUGACUGGACUAAUGAGCCUUCUGAGAGAUCCUCGGAAGCUGUGACGAGGAUCAGGACCCGGCAUAGGACGCGAUUCAGACAACUUAAUCUCCCAAUCCCGGUUCUGUCUGAAACCCAUACCAUGGCUAUUGAACUGAACCAGUUGAUGGGAAGUUCUGUAAAUGGAGCUUCUUUGCAGACUGGUGAGGGUAGUGAAAGAGGCAAUGAGGAUUUGAAAAUGUGUGAGAACGGAGAUGGAGCGAUUGGGGACGGUGUAUCGGAGAAGAAAGCUGAUGUCGAGAAAAACAGUGGCAGCGACGGUAACUUUUUCGACUGUAAUAUAUGUUUGGAUCUUUCAAAGGAGCCGGUUCUCACCUGUUGUGGCCAUCUUUACUGUUGGCCUUGUCUAUACCAAUGGUUACAAAUCUCGGAUGCAAAGGAAUGUCCAGUUUGCAAAGGAGAGGUGACCCCUAAAACCGUGACACCGAUCUAUGGGCGUGGAAACCAUAAAAGAGAAAUUGAAGAGAGUUUAGAUACUAAGAUCCCUAUGAGACCCCACGCGAGACGCAUCGAGAGUUUGAGGAAUACAAUUCAAAGGUCGCCUUUUACAAUACCGAUGGAAGAGAUGAUUAGACGUCUACAGAGUAGGUUUGACAGGGAUUCAACCCCGUUACCUGAUUUUAGUAACCGCGAGGCGUCAGAAAGAGUGAACGAUCGAGCCAAUUCAAUUCUUAACCGGUUGAUGACUUCUAGGGGAGUUAGAUCAGAGCAGAGCCAGGCUAGUGCUGCAGCAGCCGCCAUUGCAGCAGCAUCAGAGGAUAUCGACCUGAACCCGAACAUUGCUCCUGAACUUGAAGGAGAAACCACCACAAGAUUCCAUCCUCUGUUGAUCAGGAGACAGUUACAGUCGCACCGAGUCGCAAGGAUCUCAACGUUCACCUCCGCUUUGAGUUCUGCUGAGAGGCUCGUAGAUGCGUAUUUUAGAACUCAUCCAUUGGGGAGGAACCACCAAGAGCAAAACCAUCAUGCUCCUGUUGUGGUUGAUGAUAGAGACUCAUUCUCAAGCAUUGCAGCUGUUAUAAACUCGGAGAGUCAGGUGGAUACUGCAGUUGAGAUUGAUUCUAUGGUCACUCUGUCGACAUCUUCUUCGAGGAGAAGAAAUGAGAAUGGCUCCAGGGUUUCUGAUGUAGACAGUGCAGAUUCUCGCCCGCCUAGGAGAAGGAGAUUUACUUGAAACAAAUAAAAAACAAAUCUUUCAAUCUGUGGAAGAUGAUGAAGAAGAAGAUUGUAACUUUAUUUUUCUUGGUGCUUGUUGGUUUGUUGUAUUUGUUUUGUAACUUUCGCAAUAGGGAUGGUAUUUUAAUCAAAGUUUUAUGAUCUUGUCUUUUUCAGGAA